UCACCUCAUCUCCGGCAUUUCCGCUUUGCUGCAUUUGAUUUCGCAUUCGCGUCUCGUCCAUUCGAUCGUCGCUCCGUGCUUCCCCCUUCCAUGGAGUCCUCCGCCGCUCUGCGAUCCUUCCACGAUUUUGCGGGGACUCUAUCUCGCGCGGAGUCGCUACCUCAUAAGCCUGGAGCGAUUCCCGUGCAAUCAUGUGCGCCCCCUUCGAACAAAUUGUGCAUCCAAGGUUUUGCCGCGCAUGGGAUUGCUCCCUUAAGGAUAAGGAGUGCAGCUAUUGUAUCCUGUGUGAAGACUUCGGAAGCUACUGGCGUGGCCAAGUCCAGUGAAGGCAACACUCAAGACUCAAAGAACAAGACUGCUUUGCCAAGGGCAACUUUUCCUAGUGGUUUUGAGGAAUUGCUACUGGAGGUUUGUGACGAGACUGAGAUUGCUGAACUAAAACUAAAGAUUGGAGACUUUGAAAUGCAAGUGAAGCGGAAUUUAGGGGCCACAAAAGCAUUCACUUCCAUUCCAUCACCCACAACACCACCGCCUAUCCCAUCUGAACCAAUGGAGAAAUCGGGUGCAGUUGUUCCACCACCAAAACCUUCUCCAGAGAAGACAAAUCCAUUUACAAAUGUCUUAUUCGGAAAUUCUGCAAAGUUGGCAGCUUUGGAAGCAUCAGGAUCAAGUGGAUAUGUUCUAGUAUCUUCUCCUACGGUUGGUUCAUUCCGACGGGGGAGAACAUUGAAAGGGAAAAAGCAGCCUCCUAGUUGUAAAGAGGGUGAUGUAAUUAAGGAAGGACAGGUGAUAGGAUGGUUGGAUCAAUUUGGAACUGAACUUCCGGUUAAGUCAGAUGUGUCUGGAGAAGUUCUGAAGCUCUUAGUUAAUGAUGGAGAACCUGUUGGUUAUGGAGAUCCUCUCAUUGCUGUCCUGCCAGCAUUUCAUAGUAUCAAGUGAGCCGGCGCGCUGUCCGCUGUUGGGUUUCACACCUUUUUUUAAAGAGGUUUAAGGAUUGCAGUUUAUUUCCUCUCCGGUCCCAUUAUUCUUUGCAUCAUUUCAGUGCAAUGAUGUAGCUGGCGACAUGUAAUUUUUUUUUUCUCCAUAUGCUUUAAAUCAGUCUUAAUUGCUAAAGAUCCAGAAAUAAUCACUAGGCCUGGAGAAUGUGAGAUGGUGAAUUUCCUUUUGGUACAUUAGACUAGCUGUUGAUGUUUCUCGCGGCAAUCAUGGCUGCUGCUUUAGCCAGAUUCCAAAUGAAGUAUGACGAUCCGAGUUCGCUUU